UCAAACCACAAGCAAGGCGGAUUACCUAGGUAUGAAGUCGAGCUUGUCAUGAGGUCCUAUGAGGCACCGGCCCGGGCCACGGAGGGCGGCACUCUGUGAUCCGGGGGGGAGCGUCCCGUGAGACGUGCGCAUGGACUCUCUUCGGAGGGUUGGUGCGCACAGGCCCCAGCGGAGGGGGCGGGGAGCUCUCCAGGUGCGGAGGAUCACCUGGUAAAAUGAAGGGAGAUGGCACGGUGGGGGGAGAUGCCCUGGCCAAAACGAAAAAGGUGGCGAGAAAGGCAGGGCCGGCUCUGGCUAAGAUUCAAUGCAGAGCACCGAUCAUUCGAGGAGUCGAAAGGGCAACGGGAAACCGUUGCAGGUUGGCCAGUUCAGCUACCCCGCGCCCUCCUUGGAGGGCGAUGGGUAGAUGGCGUGCCUCCUGGGCUGGAGGCGAACCAGGUCGACGAAGGAACAGCGAGGCCUCGUUUCUAACGGGGCUGAGCGUGGACCUCGGCCUGGAGGGAGG